GCUUAUUCUCGUGACCUGCCCGAUUCGGCAGCUUAUGUCAUUUGGUUCAUAUCUCAAGUGAGGGGCAAAAUCAAUAAGAACUUGAACCUUCAAACUUGAGUUGUUUGUGAUAGUUGAUCUACAACCCGGCGCAUCCAAAUGAGUGAUCAGAGGAUCCCAAGCGUCAUCGAGCGCCCACUUCCUAAUGGCGUCAUCUAUGACAUGUCAACCGUCGGACAAGUGCGCAUUACGCUUCCCGAAUCAUCAACCUGGUCAAGCGGACUUCAUUGGCAUGAAACUCACGACGAGUACUUGAAAGUGGUGAAAGGAGCAAUUCGAGUCCGGCUGGGAGAUUUGCGACAAGUUAUCAGCGCUACCGAUGGCAAUCAGCCAGAGAUAAAAGUACCGCGCUACGCGUGGCAUGAAUGGCAGCGAGCCGCACCAGAGGGCGAAGAAGUCGUCGUGAUUGAGAGGACAGAGCCGGAUGAUAAUGAGAAGGCCAUAUUCUUUUGGAAUCUCAAUGGCGUAAUUCUCGACAGUCCCAAGAUGUUGAGUGAUGAGACCUCGGUGGUAUCCAGGUUGCCAUCAAGGCUGCAAGGGCUGUUCCUUGAUAUAUGGAUUCCUCUGAACCUGUUCAUUAUUUUUCGGUCCUUGGACAAUAUUCCUGUAUUCCUGGACGCGCCCAACCUUUCGCGAGUAUCAGAUAAUAGAUUGAGGAGCCUGUUACAGAACAUCGAUAUAGUGGUCUCCCACCUCAUUCUACUUGUUGCUUCGUGGGCUGGAUGGACUUUGGGGUUACAGCCGGUUCGACGGAAAUACACUCCUGAAGAUGCAUAUGCGACAUGGCACUCGCGACGAAAGAAUGCCAAGAAGACCGCAUGAUCAACAGGCAGCGUCGAGUGAUUUGAGGUUUCGAUCAAGUCCAUCCACUUAUGACAGAAUGAGUGACGCAGCGAAAGCUCCAG